ACUUCUGCUACUCGACCAAAUGUCAGUGUUCAGGCAUAGUUAUCUAACGACCGAGAUUGUUGUGAAAUACCCAGUAUUAUGAAGUAAAUUACAAUUUGGAAUCCUCAAUUGACCGUUAUAAGUACAAAGUGAAAUUUUAUCGCAAUGAGCCGUGCACAGGAUGCCCUCGCAUUACUGCGUGCACUAAAAAUUGUAGCGGAAGCGGCUGGAAAAACUCAGAGUGAUUAUGCUCGUCAUUUGUGGGCGAAUUCGAGCAUCCGGGAAUUGCUGGAACAACAGCUGCGCCAGGGCGAGGAUGCAGUUAAAAGGAUUAUGCAAGAUCCAAACAAAGAACUGAAAGAUGCCGGAAGUGCGCUGAAGGAAACCAUCGAGCGCACGACGGUUGUCGUGGAAGGUUUAAAACAGCUGGCGCUAAUUUCGCUACCCAAAGGAAUGCCUGCCAGAGGGCCGAUUGAUUUUGGAUCGAGGACAUUUGGUGGCGCUGAAGCAGAAUCUAAAGAUACAAAGAGAGGGGAGGCUGAGAUUGGUAAUUUGGACAUUUCCCAAAUCACCCUGAAGGAGCUGGAAGCCAUAUUAUCGCAGCACAAUAAGAAUCGACAAGUUAGACUAACUUUAGAUAGCGAUAAACAAAAAGUAGCGGAAACUCCUCCACCCACUAUCAUCGAGGGCACUUCAUCUGUUCCACCUGCAAGGCAAGAUAAGACCGAACUCAAGCCUACUCCACUUGUCACCAACGAUGAAAAGCAAAUCGAAAAGGUAAUGAAAAUCGUAUCAUCAUACGAGCAGCCGUUAGAUCACCAAACAGCUUCCUCUGCGAUUCCCAUCGAGUUACCCUCGCUUAGUUCCGUUGCAAGGCAGCGAAAGGUUCCGUCCUCCAGGGUAGCCCGUCUUGCCUCUUUCGGAGGACUCUUCGCGGGCCUUGGCCUUGGAACUAUGAAUGAACUAGCGAAGGGCGCUCUUGGAUUGGGCGGCACUCUGGACCCAAAGGAAGCCUUGUUCAGUCCCAGUAACGCCGAAAGAAUAGUGGACACUCUGUGUAAAGUGCGAGGUGCGGCACUCAAACUGGGGCAGAUACUCAGCAUUCAAGAUUCAAACAUCGUUUCACCACAGCUUGUGAAGGCAUUUGACAGGGUUCGACAAGCAGCCGAUUACAUGCCGGAUUGGCAAGUGGAAAAGCAGUUGAUCAGCGAAUUGGGCGAUGAUUGGCGUAGUAAGUUGGCAGAUUUCGAUCGGAAACCAUUCGCUGCAGCGUCAAUCGGACAGGUGCAUCGCGGAGUGCUACACGACGGAAUGGAGGUUGCUAUAAAGAUUCAAUAUCCUGGGGUGGCACAGAGUAUAGAAAGUGACAUCGAUAAUUUGGUAUCGAUGCUGAAAGUUUGGGAUGUGUUCCCUGCGGGAGUUUUUAUCGACAAUGUGGUGGCCGUGGCGAAACGUGAAUUGGCCUGGGAGGUAGAUUACAUCAGAGAGGCUGAGUAUACGGAGCAAUUCGGGAAGAUGAUUCACCAUAUGCCGGAAUUUCGUGUACCUAAAGUUAUAAAGGAGUUGUCAUCGAAGAACGUUCUGACGACGGAAUUGGUUCCCGGUGUACCGAUGGACAAGUGUUUCCACAUGAGCCAAGAACAUCGGGAUCAUAUAGCUCGAUCAGUGAUGAAGCUUUGCCUGAAUGAGUUGUUCACUUUCCGCUGCAUGCAGACGGAUCCCAAUUGGUCGAACUUCCUGUAUGACAGUCAUAGUAAACAGAUUAUGUUGAUAGAUUUCGGCGCUACGAGGUUCUAUCCGAAACCUUUUAUGGAUAGUUAUUUGCGGGUCAUUCAGGCGGCCACCAAGAACGACAGACAACGUAUUUUGGAACUUUCUCGUAACAUGGGCUUUCUGACUGGUUACGAAACUCAAGCAAUGGAAAAAGCACAUGUUGAUGCGGUACUUAUUCUGGGCGAAAUAUUUAGUGUCGACGGCGAUUUCGAAUUCGGGAGACAGAGCACAACGAAAAAAAUAGCCGCACUGGUUCCGGUUAUGAUCGCUCAUCGCCUUUGUCCUCCACCGGAAGAAAUCUAUUCCCUUCAUAGAAAGUUAUCUGGAGUUUUCCUUCUGUGUUCCAGAUUGAACGCUAAAAUUGAUUGUAAACCACUCUUCCAAGAGGUUGAACGCAACUACAGUUUUGCCUAAGCACAGUAAUAUAUUGUUUUAAUGAAAUAUGACUAAUCUUUCAAUCAA